UAGAUCUCUGUGAAAUAGAGAAAACAGAAAAAAGCAUGUACGCUCUGGUAAAUGCCUUCAUCCGCUGCGUCUCCUUCCUCUUGCCUCCCUCCUGGCUUUGUGUCAGCUUUUGCUUGUGGGUUGGGAAUGCGUGCGAAGAGACGCUGCCACGGCCCAAUCCCAGAGCUCGUUUCAAAAGCAGAAAGCCUCUUACAUAUGAGGAAGUAGCAGCAGCAGCAGUAGAAGCAGAAGCACAAGGAGGCUCCAGCCCGUCGGUCGCACCAGGUCCAGGCUGUGUCUCGCUGGCUGCUACAAGCCCCGCUGCUCCUCAGGGCCCUUCCUCGGGUCGGAUUUGGAUCGGGGGUCUCUGGCGAGCCGUGGAGCGCGUCUUUGGAGCCCCCUGGGUCCUUCUCCGCCGCCACUGGUGCCCUAAGAAACCUCGAGCAGCUUUACGCACCCCGUAUCCUGUCUGUGCCUUCGAGUCGAGCAAGAUUGAAAGCUUUCAGGGAGGCGCUGCUGCUGCUGCUACGAGCGAGGGAAGGGAGGAAGGAGAGGGCGGACGCACCUUGGUUUAUUCUAAGAGCAUGAGUGGGUCAGUGGGGAUCCCCAAUCUAGCCCCGUCGGAGUGCGCUUCGAAUGCGCCAGGGGAGCAGGGCAUGGAUGAGGUCAUCACCGUGGAUCAGCACUCGCAGGAGAUGGGGACGGUGACGAUAACAGUGGCCAUUCAAGCUGCGGAGGACGAGGAACCGGAGGAAGUGUCAUCUAAUAAUAUUGACUUCCUUGGGGCCGGGAGCUGUAGUGAGGACGAAAUAGGACGACAUGACAAAUCAAGCGGAGCGGGAACCAGUGGAGGGGAGUUGGAGGAGGAGAGCUGGCAGCCCCCAGAUCCAGAUCUCAUCCAAAAGCUGGUUGCUCAGAUUGAGUACUACUUAUCAGAUGAAAACCUGGAGCAUGACGCUUUCCUGCUCAAACAUGUCAGACGCAACAAACUUGGGUUUGUUAGUGUCAAGUUGCUCACCUCAUUCAAAAAGGUGAAACACUUGACCCGUGACUGGAGAACAACUGCUUAUGCUCUAAGACACUCAAAUAUACUUGAGCUGAACGAUGAGGGGCGCAAGGUGAGGCGCAAGUCAGCGGUGCCUGUCUUUGCCAGUGAAUCAUUGCCAAGCCGAAUGCUACUGCUGAGUGAUUUGCAGAGGUGGCCGGAGCUGGCUGCUCUGACUGGAGGUGCAAAGGAAAAUGGAAGUAGCGAAGGUGGAGCCACUCAGCAGGAGCAACUGAUGAAGCUGUUGCUGAAAGCAUUUGGGACAUAUGGCGCCAUCGCUUCUGUCCGAGUUCUGAAACCUGGGAAGGACCUGCCAGCCGACUUGAAGAGGUUGAGCGGUCGCUACACUCAGCUCGGCACUGAGGAAUGUGCCAUUGUAGAGUUUGAGGAGGUGGAAGCUGCUGUCAAAGCCAAUGAAGCUGUGGGCAGUGAGGAUGGAGGGUCCAGUUUGCUGGGGUUGAAAGUGGUUCUUAUUGGCACCAAACCGCCUAAGAAGAAGGUACCUAAAGAACGACCCCGUGAGGAGGGAGGGAUGCGCAAAAGUCGCUCACUCAACAGCAGAGUAAGAGAGCUUCAGUACCACGGAGAAGACUCGGCUUGCAGCUCCUCAGAGACCGAGAGUAACCCCACAUCUCCACGACUAGCACGAAAGUCCCUGUCCUGCAACAAGCUCAGCCCCACCACUGCAGGCAUCAGCUUCCAGAACAAUCACCUGAGUCCUGGCAUGUCCCCACGUAACAGCCCCUGGUCGAGCCCCCGCGCCAGCCCCUGUUCUCAGCGCAAAUUACCACAUUCCCAAAAGUCUCCUUUAGCCAGUGAGGACAGACUGAGCCCUGAGCCUGGGCGUCGCUGGGCGGACUACUCCUCAGACAGUAGCCUUACCCCUUCAGGGAGUCCCUGGGUUCAGCGGCGCAAGCAGGUGGCAUCUCAGGAAAGCAGUCCGGUCGGCAGUCCGAUGCUGGGUAGAAAGAUCCAGAAUGCCGAUGGUCUGCCGCCAGGGGUAAUGAGGUUGCCAAGGGGUCCUGAUGGAACCCGAGGCUUUCACUGUGUCACUAAUGGUGAGAGGGGGAAGUCAGCUGCUACUCAGACUUGAUAUGUGGAGCAUCUUUAUGCAGUUGUUAUCCCCCAGAAAUAAGAUGUAUUGGAAUGAGUUUUUCUUGGCCGUGUCAGUCAGCCCCCAGCCACAUAUGAGACUGUAGAUAUAUUUUUGUUUAAGUGCGUCAGUUUUCAGUCUUUGUUAUAUUUUUAUACGACAUCUUGAGUUAAUAUGGUAACAUUAGUUAUUUACAAAUGGAAAUUUGAGUGAAUGUAAAUUCAUAUUGCUUUGAGAGAAAAUUUUGCCAUCAUAAUAGACCAUGUCAUCUCCACUACUGUCUGGACUUUGGUUUUCAUGAUGCGGGUGGCAAAAAAAAAAAAUCUUUUUUUUUUUUUUUUUCUUCUUUCUCCCCAUUGACUAAAGUGUCCUGUCUUGAAGUAUGUGUGUAAAAUCUCACAACAUUGUCUGUGGAUGGUGUAUAAAUGUAAGUGGUGUAAGUGGCAUAGGCACAUGGACUUGAUAGUGAUAUCACCAUAUGCCUUUUCUGUAUUUGUCUACUGUGGGUUUCAUUUUUACAUACUGAGGCCAUAACCACCCCACUGCCAUAAUGGUUGGACAGACAUGUUUUUUGUUUUGUUUUUAUUUUUUUGUUUUUAUUUUUUUUCUAAAUUUUCACUAUGCUUUAGCACUUAGUCUCUUUGAGCCUUGUAAAAUGUUUCUUUGCUGGGCAGGUAGCUGCUGUAUUUAUUUUUUAAGUGUUUACUUUUUCUGUCAUUUGUUUUCAUCAUUCUAAACUCACAGAAUGGUAUGAGGGAUGUUAUGGAAAAAGGGAAAAUAUAGAUGCUCUUGUGUUAUUGCCUUCGCAUAUGAGCUGAGGUGUUUGUACAGUGCGACUCCUAUUGUACAAAUAAAUCACUGAAAUCAA